AUGAUCGUAUCCAUAUUCGACGCACGGUCGUGCACCAGGUGCCAAGGACAGGCCAGGCUAACCGCUGACCCACCAGAGCUCAUACGGAGACCAGGUCUGCAUUUUCAGCCUGACCUCUCAAUUCCUGACAUCAACCUCAAGCUUUGCACAGGGCUACCAACAACCAACACCCGCUCCGAAUUGCCCAAUCGAACCCACAACCAUGAGUCUCCUCACACCGACGACGGCGUCGGUCGUCUUUCGCAUCACCGCCCGCCCGGCCAUGAUCCGUCAGACGCUGAGCCGCAACUUACCGCUCUGCCAGGCCAAGGCUAUCAGCACCCUCCGCCCCUUCGCCACGAACACCCCCAUUGCCCAGAGGACCCCCGCCGCCGCAAAGGGGCCUCUAGAAUUCUCUGCCAGAGCCGCUUCGCAUCUUCGACUGCCCAGGCCGCGGUCGGUGCCGAGGCUCCCGCCCAGCUGGACUGGAACACCUUUUUCCAGCUGCGCAAGACCCGCCGCCGCAUCCAGGUGCUCUUCAGCAUCGCCGGUGCUGCGACCUGCGGUACCGCGGGAUCUUGGAUGCUGGCUACCGGUAUCGCCGAGCCUCUGUUGAGCCUUAUUCCCCUUGACCCCUUCAUCACCAUGGGCUUGAUGGCCUUUUCUUCGGCGACGCUGGGUUGGCUGCUGGGUCCUAGUCUGGGAGCUGGUGUGUUCAACAUGUGGCACAGGAGGAUCAAGCCUCAGAUGGCUUCGAAGGAAAAGGAGUUCUUUGCUCGCAUCAAGAAGCACCGAGUCGAUCCAUCUACCUCUUCCGUCGGCAACCCAGUCCCCGACUUCUACGGCGAGAAGAUUUCUAGCGUUUCCGGAUACCGCCAAUGGCUUAAGGACCAAAGGGCAUACAACCGAAAGCGAACCCGAUUUGUAUAA